AGAUCUCCAUCCUGGAUUUCACACGAGAGGAGGAAGAACAGGAGCGCGUGCGGUCAUCUCUGAGACGGAAGACUGAACCGGAUUCAGAUUAGUUGAUCCUUCAGCUGCAGCAUGUCUUUCUGUCGUUUCGUUGGCGGCGAGGUCUACAAAGAUCAUUUCAAGCCAGGUAUGUAUGUGUGCUCCCAGUGUAACCAUCCACUGUUCUCCAGUCGGUCCAAGUUCGCCCAUUCGUCUCCUUGGCCGGCUUUCACUGACACCAUCAGAGAGGACAGCGUCACCAAGAUGAUGGAGAGUCUCACUGCCUUCAAGGUUCUGUGUGGCAAGUGUGGCAACGGGCUCGGCCAUGAGUUUGUAAAUGACGGCCCAGAGGACGCAGUCUCACGCUUUUGAAUAUUCAGUCACUCGCUCAAGUUUGUCCCAAACAAAGGCAAGGACAAGCAGUGAAGAGCGAGGUAUGAGUUUCUACUCCAGCUGCGGUAACUGCCACUCAGUCCAGGACCAGGGAACAGGUCGGGUCAGUGGGUGACGUGGACGGGGAAAAAGCCCGAGAGGGACGUCCUGUUCACUGAAGAAUCUUUGACCAGCCUGUGACAAAGUGACCGGACCUCACCUCUGCAAAUAUACCUUUACAAAAAGAAGUUACACUCCUCAAAUACAUGUUUUUUAACAUCUAAUAUGGUCAAUCAUUUAAUCACUCAAUUAUUUCAAUGACAGGUAAACCUUCGGGUAGCUACCUUUUAAAGAAAAGAACCCAACCAUCCCAUCAUUAGACCUACUAGAGAGUGGUGGGGCGCUACAUACUUAAAUACAUUUUAUUUCCAUGAUUAGGAUUUUCUCAAUCUAAAUCAUAUCAGUUGAUGCAUAAUCUUAUUAAUAAAUUAGGAAUGUGAUCGAAUGUGAGGACAUUUUACUAUCUGUUUAAAUUUACUGCUGGUAUCAUUUACUCACUAAGGUUAAAUGUAAAUGUGUUAUCUAUGCAGUGGAGAAGCUCACAUAGUCAGUCUUAAUAUCUGUUUUUUAUGUUUAUUUCAAGAUUUCUUUGAACUUUAGAACUUUUCCAGAUUAGAGUCAAGAGUGUAGUGGACGAUUGUAAAAUUUUUUUAUGACUGCUCUAUUGUUACAGAAUAUUGAUGAGGAAUAAACAAUAAAUAAUAGUUUAAAAUAUUUCUCUAUUGUAUAAUAUAUUUUUCAGUGAAGUUAUGUCAAGGACUUGUACUUUUCUAUUUCAUGUUGAUUUGUAGUUCUAAUUCAAAUCAAUUGAAAGGGAAAUAUAAUAUGUUUUACUACAUCUGACAUAUCUGACAGCUAUAGUAUAAUUUCUAAAUUAAGAUGUUACAUUUCAAACGUAUGAUGAACAUAUGAAGCAUGAUGCAUUGUUAUAGAUUAAACUACCCAGGGUAAAUUCAACAUAAUGUUCAAUUGUAAAAGUUCCUGUUCCUUUAAAAUUAGUUCUACUUCCAAUGACUAAAACAGUCAAAAGCUACCAUAUAUUAAUCACUUAAUACCAAAAUAUAAGGGACAGUUUUUCUGAAUGAAGUACUUUUAGACAAGUAGAAGAACUGAUGUUCCUCAAACUGACCUCUAGAUGGAGCUAUCAUCCUGCUAGAACACACUCACAACGCUACAGAUGGUCUGAUGUGAACAAUAUGUGAUACUUUCUGUUCUUAUACAGCUUGUGGUGUCCUACUUGCAUAUGCAUGCUCACUUAUUAUGAGCAUAAGCUGUCAAAGGUUGUUGUUGUGCAUUAAUUAUGAAUGUUGGUUAUUUCAGAAGCGGACGGGGGCCCAGGCGCUGGCCAUAUUCUCUGGGCUCUGGGGGUUGGCAAAGACCAUGAUGUUUAGAGGAGUAGAUCUGGAGACUGAGGGCUAUCAUUACAAAGGAAGUUGCCUACACACACACACACACACACACACACACUCACAGAAAAACAGUGACUGCUAUACUAGUCUUGGACAAAUCCCUCACGUCUCUUUUAAGCUUAUGUUAUGUCAUGCUUUGAUACCUUCAACACACACAAAAAGACGGACACUGUCAUCAAUUUCAUUGGUCUCGCCACAGACAAGUAAAGUGUAAAGCAUGUUUUCUCUCAAAACAUCACUUCUUGUAGGGUGCAAUUAUGAGAGGUCAUCACAACAUGUGUCGAUGUAGUUGAACUCUCAGCGUCAACAAUUUUAAUAUUCUGGAGCACCACUCCAACAGCACUUCUACACGCAGUUGAACGGUAUUCAAAUGAAUUUCAGUGUGAAGGAGAAGCCCGACCUUGCAUUGAGGUUGUUAUGGCUGAGUACAUUUCCUCUUGUGUUGUCUUGCCAGGCAAACAAACACUCAAGAGUUUAUUAUUUCAGUCCAUUUGGUGAGGGUUUUACCCACGAUGCCUCACUGUACUGUGAGUGUGUGUGCAUUUUUAGCAUAGGUGGUCCCGCUGGUAAUCAAACCCACAACCUUGGCAGUGGUAUGGUUCUGCUCUGCCCGUCAAACUGUACAGGAGUGGCUACGUCUGAUAAGCAUAAAGCAAACACAGGGAUUGAGAAUGUGAUUGCUGCGUCAGAUAAGCGAGGUGGGCUCUAAUUAAAGCAGCCCCUGGAUCAUCUUACGCUGUUCCAUCAGUCUGUGAGGUUUGGUGCAUUCUGGAUGUAAUUGAACUUUGCAGCACACUAACAUUAUAGUUGAAUGUCUUCUAUUUGUCUGUGACAAAGGUAUAGGCUUACUUACCAAUUUAAUAACCCUAUGCAGUGGCUAACUUUAUUAUUAUGUUAAUAUUAGCUAGCUACCUUCAAUGAAUAAUAUCAGCCUAUUGGAACACCCUUGGAACCCGCUAUAACUUGGGGAAACUGUCUGGCUUCAGAUUGAACACAAUGCAAACACAUUUUAUCUAAUAAAAGACUAGAAACGUUGGAUGUAUUUGUAUCGUUUUAAGACUUUAACCAUGCUAGCAGCUCUGUGAGGCAAUACUUGAGCACACUAGUGCUUUGAGCUAACAGCUAAUGUCAACGUUCUAACUUUCUCACAAUAACAAUACUAACAUGAUCACAAGGUAUAAUGUGGACCAAUGUAACCAUGUGUUAAUAUGCAUGCUCCAGAAAUCAGACCAGUUGGAAAGUUUGUGCAUUUGUCCCAAAUAUAGGUCGACUGUACAGAUAUUAGCCGUUGGCUAGCUGGCAACCUACAGGACGCACCAACUGUAUGUGCGUUAGCAUUCUUGUAUAUUUUGUUCUCUCAGUUAUGUUCCACCAGUCUCCUUUUUCCUCUUGGCUCUGUACUUUGGUGAAGAAGAUUCCUUCACACCACUGUUGCUGUACUUUUAAUUUUCAACUCAGAGACUUAACCUUUCCUCUGAUGGUUUUCUUUUUCUUUCUUUCAUUUGUUGCCUUACUAGACAUCUGACUAUAGUUACAUAAUGUUAUCUUUGGGUUAAGGAAAAUACAUAGUAACCUUCCUGUCAGUGCUUCAUUAUUCCUUUUCCCAGUGUGUGUGGCACAAAACUACCAAACUGGUAGAGAUGCAGUUCAUAAAAUGCUUCCUUAGGGCAUUUUGUGCUUAACUGUGAAACAAAUACAUCGCCAAUAAUGUAUCUUCCCAUCACUGCAAUACCCACUGUAUGACUCAUAUUCAGACCAAAGCAGCAUUUUGGGUUUCACAUGAAAGUAUCUACAGAGGAGAAGGCGUCUCUCAGUGUGAAUUCAAGACAUCUUUUUUUUGUACCAGUGAUCUUGAGGUUAAUGGUGAAACCCAUCAGAGGGCAGACAUUACGCUGUUGAGUCACACAGGCAGUGCAUUAACCCACCUGCCCUGAGACAUUUUCAAAGGGCUACCUACACAAUGUUAUGAAAGGAAAGUCUACACCGUCUAAAAGGUAUUUUCUUUGCACUGUUGCAUUUAAGAACCUCCACCUUUCCCGUCUGUGCUGGAGAAGGUGAAUCUUCCAUUGAACAGUUCCGGUAAAAAUCCCCAACCACAAAAUGAUUGAAAGGGUAAAUGAAACCAAAAGAGUGUAUUCUAUCAAAGUAAAAGCUUCGGUGAACAAGACAAACACUUUUUCAGACUUGAUCAACAUUAUUUUAAAGAAGCCGAGUGGAAAACCCUCCAUUGUACCAUUUUACCCAAAGUGGAUAAACCCCAAGGGUUUUUCAGAAUAGAUGACAUUUCACAUUUAUGGUCUGUAAUUUCUUUGGGUUUCAGCUCAUGAGCUCCAGAUCAGAUAAGAUGAUUAUUCAAAAUUGCCCCAUCAGUCAUCGCUACCCCUGAGCCAAAAAAACAGGUGGAUGACAUUGUGGUUAUUAGGGCAUAUUAGAGCAGGAUGUUGUGCCAAAACACACACAAACACACACUCACAGAGACAAUGGUUUUGUUAUGGGACAGUGAAGCGCUAUUCUCUAAAUCUAGAUUAAAAGUUAGAUUUAACCAUUAAACAUUCACGUAAAGGCCUCUACUCAUAGGGGCAGCUGCUACACAAUGAAAGCUUUACCACGCCAGCAUCGGGGCAUGUUAGUUGUAUCCUGUCUGACAGGAAGACAGUCUAAUCUCCUUUUUCACGAGUAUUAUACAGAAUCUAGUGGGUCUGGUUAAAUCUCACUAAAAGGGAAAUGUUAUUGUGAAAUGGCAACCACUCCUUCACCAACUGAAACUGCUUUGAAUGUCCUGUUUACAGGAAGAGACUCUUUGGCCUCAACAUGCUGAUUCACUCCAAGGCAUAUGAUGUAAUUUUGAAAUUAUAUUCUGCUUAUCUGCUCUUGGCAGCAAACUACUGUUUUAACAACCGGGUGUGUAUGUGAUGUGAACAAAGUACCGCUUAAGGCGCGAUUCAUUUCCCCAUGAGUGAUUGUUAAACAUUGGUGCAGUAUUAGGACAUUUGAUGGUUGCAAGCUCACCUGAUACUCGAGCAAUAAAGAGUAGAGAUGUUUCCACGUUAUUCUUUACUUUUAUUUGUUUGUUCAGUUGUUAAGCAGUCCUUACUUUGCAAUGGAUGUCAAGCUCGAUGGCUUCAAGCUAAUAUUGCACCAAGAUAUUUGCACCUUAUGAGCUUAAUGAACUUCUCCCCAAAUGUUUUAUUACAAAAAGUUUGUACCUUUAACUGUUAUUGAAGACGUAUCAUUUUCUGAUGCACAAUAUAAUAUUUUAGACCGAUGUUAAUGGCGAUCCAAGCCGUAGAAAGGCUCCACCUGUGAGUCACAUCCUUGAGAUUGUGAAGUCUUAUAAGUACCUGGGUGUUCAC